AUGGGUAAAGUUAAGCCAUUAAGCAUGUUACAACACACGAACAAGCUUCAUAUACUAGUUAUUAAUAAUUGGAUUUUUUGAAUAGUUUCAAAAACUAUUUCAAUCCGGCGUUUGCACUGUAUCGAGGGAAGAAGCACGCUGAUGUUUAACUAGAGAUUAAAGUUGCGGCAUAUUGUGGCUGCCUGAUUAUAGUGUGUAUUCACAUGACGUCACGGCAUAAAUUAAUUUUAUACGCCGCCAUGUUGGUGGAGUGAAGUUCCAACAUGGCGGCCAGCGAUUCGAAACUAAACGUAAACAGCGAGGCAGAAAAAGUCAUUAUUCAUGAGAUUCCUUUGUCUGAACAUGCAAAAUCUCUCGAAUACAGAUUGUGGUGUAUUUCAAAUGAUUAAUCAUAUAUCAAAUGAUUCAGAUUGUGGUGUAUUUGCAAUCGCUUUUGCGACAAGUCUUGUUUACACAAUGGAUCGGUCAUCGGUGGAUCCAAAUAUCCCACGAUUUAAUAAUGUACAUGUAUUAAUACAGAUGCGAACUUACUUGUAUGCUUGCCUGAAAGCUGGUCUCAUUACUCUUUUUCCGACGGCUGAGAGCACAAAAUAAAAAAGCUUACACCAAUAUUCAGUUUGCAUUUUUAUUGACUAGUAACUGUUAAAAUUAUUAUACAUAAAACUCUAUCAAAGAUACAAACUUUUUGCAUUUGAAAAUUAUUACAGACUUAAGACUUUGAUAAACAUUAAACAUUUUUGGUGGUCAAGACUGAGAACCUCCACAUGGUGACCACUGGGCAACAGCAUGUUGUGUAAACACGGGGCGGAUUAGCAUACCAGGACCCCUAUAUUGUUUAACUGGACAACAUUUUAUUUUGCAUAUUAUUUGUACAAUGUCAUAUGUUGGUCUGUUAAAGUGUUAAUCUACCCCUGUGUGAUUGCAAACUUUUGCACAACCUUUUGGCUAAUCUCAGCACUUUACACAAAAUAUGGCUUUGUCAAAUCAUAUCUAUGGGACCCUAAAAUAGUUUAUUGCCCUGGCCUACCCCAAGUCUUUGGGUGGCCCAAUCAAUUAGUUAACCCCCACCAAUAAUACAGUCCCAACAGACAUGGUUUUUACAUUGUUUCAUGCUCAUGGUAUUCAAACAGGCCUAGUUGAAAUAAUGAUGUAUUUAUUCCACAUAUCACAAGCCCCCAUGAGAAUUGCAUGAAAUAUUAUUGCUGAGAUUAGCCAGCAUGUCGUGAAACAAACAGGGGUAGAUUUUUUACUUUGCAGCUGCAAAGGGGUCUCUUUUUGACAAAGUACAAUUAAAGUAGCUUACUAUAUAAUCCACCCCUGAUUUACACAACAUGCUGUUGCCCAGUGGUCACCAUGAGGAGGUUCUCAGACUUGACCACAAAUUUUCAAAUGUUGAAAGAAUGUGUUUCUGUUUCUUGGUGAAAACAUAAUUAAUGUUGUAAAAUACUUUACUUCAAUCAAAAGGUAUAUAGUAUGAAGGCAAAGGUUUACUAGUGCAGAGCAAACUUUAAUCAUUCUGUCAAUGAGAGGAACAGCUUCUCUUUUUCUGCAAAUAAGGUAAUCAGUUCAUUCAGUUGGCAAAGUUUAUUGAAGAAUGGUAUAUUUCGGUCUCAGUAAACCAAUAAUUCUUUCGACAUGUAUCCGGACAGUAGCAAUCUUUCUUGUCUGUUCCUUUUGUGAAUGCCGGAAUGUUCAACUAUUUGGCUUGGUGAAACUGAACACUUUCAUGGACAGUGAAACCCUUAUCCGCCAGAACCAAUCACCUGGUAUAAGGUUGUCCAGUAAACCACAGUUCUCAGUCAGAAACGUAUCUGAAUUCCUCCCUCCCCAAGCUUCACUGACAAAGCAAAUUGUACAGUACCUUGUGUUCACAAUAAUUCCAAUUAACACUUUAACAGUGUUAUGAUGCUUGUAACUUGAAAACGUCCGUGCCCUUGCAAGGAGAUUAGUUUGUAUAUCAAUAAAAGUCAGCAGAGCAUGGUUUACCCAGAAAUUAAAACUCGGAUUGAAGCAUAGAAUUAUGACUCGCUUGCCUGAAUGCCAACUGUUGUGGUUGAAACGUCUGUUUGUGUUAUGGGCUUAUGGCCGGCGUUUCUCAAGUUUUCUGGAAAAUUGUCUGCGAUAUCGUCCAUAGUCAUAGGAUCAAAUAGACAUUUAACAACCUCGCCAGGUUCGUUUACUCUCUGUAACUUCUCUUUGACCAUUUCUUCUGUAUUCUCCGGCGACUCCAAUUUAAUAUGGCCGACAGCCAUCUUCGUCGAUUCUUCGACUGCGUUUGGUUCACAAAAUCUCCAUUUCCUCGCCUUGAUUUUUAAUAACUUUCGGCACUCGGCAGAAAGAAAGAUCUUUACGUUUUAGAUUUGUCAUUUGAACUGUUUAAAACUACAAAAAAGCCGGCUUAUUGAGGAAUAUUUCGAACAGAUUUGGCACAGCUAUAGUAAACACUAGUAAAUUCCUCGCACGUGACGCGUUUUACUCCACCAACAUGGCGGACGCUAAAUUCUAGUGACGUCACAGCGGUUCGCGUGAAAACACACUAUAGAAGUAAAACUAUAUCUUUGGUGUUUGUGCGUUGUCACUGUUAGUGUGUCACGUUUCUAUGUUGUGUUUGUGUUUGUGUUUGGCGAAGUUAAACAAAAAAAAUUAAAAAUUUAAAUAUAGACGCACUUACCAAACGCUAGUAAAUAAUUUUUCUAAUCAUAAUCAACGAAGAUAUGAUCGUCUGGAAAUGCAACCGUGAUGAAUAAUAUUUAAUGCGAUUGAGACAAAGGAUUUGUGCACGGUAGGUACAAUCCAACAUCAAACAAAGACCUUCUAUUUUGUAGCUUUGAAGUUUGCCGCGCUGCUAGUCCAUCAUAUCGAUCUUGACAAAUUAUUUUCUAAUCUGGAAAAGGCUCAUCACGAAGUCUGUGCGGUUUACUUGUCCCAUUAUUUCAAAAGGUAGGCUGUCCGUUUACAGAAUCAUUCUCUCCUACCGCAGUUAGCAAAAAGGGACUCCGCAAAAUAUUGACUAAUCAAUUUUCAAAAUAAAUAGAUUAUGCUAUUUAUACGGCAAUUGCUUCGAAGGAAAAUUUUAAUAUUUUUAAACAGUGGGAUUUCAUGCAUGCACACAUAAUACAUAAAUUUAUAAAAUAAACUAUAGAGAGCACUCAGAGGCUGCACAUCUUUAAUUAAUUUCUCCCUGCGCAAUGUGCAUAAUAUUUCCAGAAAUUACCGCAUUGAUACGUUUGGUAGUUGUUGUGCUGACACACAGACACACCCUUACAAACGAGGAGGAAAAUAGAAUUCCCUGGCUCCUGGCGGAGAUAAUAAAGAACGCUCAGCAUGGACAAAUAAUAAUUUAGCUGCAUGACAAUUAGUAGACGCAAGUUGACCAUUUUAGUUACGUGUCAUAACAAAUUAUUUGUUCGCUAUUAGCUCAUGUCAACUUGCAUCUAAUAUAGUGGUUAAGCUAAAUUGGUCUAUUAUGUUUACGUGUCAUGACAAAUUCUUUGCUCGCUAUUAGCUCAUGUCAUCUAACUAAAUUGAUCUAUUGUGUUUAUUACCAAGAGAACAAAUAAUUUUGCAAAACAAAAUUCUUUCUGCUUUGUCUUUGAAAAUCCCAAAAGUUAGGUUUCAGUGAGACACUUCGGCACUCUAUAUCUCGUCAAAACAGCUUGGUACGUACACGUCUAGAUACGUGAUACAUUCGUAUUUAUAUCACACGAGCUCGCUAUCACCAAGGCAUGUGGUACAUCAACGCAUCCCGACAUGCGCAGAGUGUACUGGGCCCAGAAUGCUAAAACGACCACAAGGGAAGUGAACUUUGCAUUAUCGCUAACAUACACCAUUAACAACUCCGCAGAGUGCUCAACAACACCGAGUGAAGCAGCGUACAUAUAUCUACUAGGAUGGGGGCAUAUAUAUAUACACAUAUAUAUAUAUAUAUAUAUAUAUAUACACAUAUAUAUAUAUAUAUAUAUAUAUAUAUAUAUAUAUGUAUAUAUAUAUAUAUAUAUAUAUAUAUAUAUAUAUAUAUAUAUAUAUAUAUAUAUAUAUAUAUAUAUAUAGUAUAUAUAUAUAGUAUAUAUAUAUAGUAUAUAUAUAUAUAUAUAGUAUAUAUAUAGUAUAUAUAUAUAUAUAUAUAUAUAUAUAUAUAUAUAUAUAUAUAUAUAUAUAUAUAUAUAUAUAUAUAUAUAUAUACAGUCUAAAACACCUUGGUGAAACAAUUUCCUGGUUAAUCUAAAAUUAAUCCUGUUUGGGUAACUCAAUAUUGUAAUUUACAUUGCUGAAAGAUGACAACAUUCCAUAUUGAAUUAGUUGUAUAAUUACACCGUCAUGGGGCAUGCUCAAAUAUGCAUAAAUUUACCAGUUCAUUUAUUAUGUUAUACUUCCGUGUUAGGUAUUAGAUGCACCAAUACUCGUCCAAGAACAUAGAUAUACCAACUCGUGUUUUAUCCAUGGACAUGGUUAUUGUUAUAUUCGAUACCUGAUUUACGUAAGUAUAAGGCUAUAUAAAUUUGUAAAGAUUUAUCUCUUUAAACUUCAUUCCUUUAUGAAAUAUAGACCAAUUAAUAACAAAUGAUACAAUAUGGUUGACUCGAUCAUAGCUGUGCGACACUUGCACGAGGCUACCUGCAUUUUCCUAAAUAUGCAGCAUAUAUAAAUUCUUGUGUUACUGGAAAUAUGUUCAACAUUGUCAUUCUCUCACUCCUGGCCUAAGCAAGUGCAUGUGUAAAGGAGACUUUACCGAGAUGGAUAUUUCUACAAAUUAAGAGAAAUGUUCACUGAUUCCAAUAGUGAUAUGCAGUGCUUUACGCGUGUUCAAUAUAUACUCUUAGCAUGUAUAACAUCUACAUUCUGUAAUGUUGGAUUGUGAUGAACAUAAUUACAUGAAGAGAUCUACGUAUUAUAUGUUGUAAAAGAACAAAUAAUAUUCCAAACAAGACAUAGAUCUCAACGGGGAGAAUAUUCAAAUAACAGGAAUUUAAACGAAAUCACACUAUGUGUUAAACCUGCUCUAUAUUGUUCAAAUUUCUGUGACAACAGUGAGAAUUUUGCCGUGGUAAAUUCUAAGUUUCGAAGAUUUGUAAGAAUUGUUUGACGGGAUUGACUCAGUGUUAAACACCGAGUUAGUUCUCUUAAAUGUUUCUUACGAAUUUUUCAAAACAUAAAAUUUAACUAUGCAAAUUUCCAUGAGAUCACAGAAAUUUUGAUAGUUUAAACUAGGCUUUACUAUAGAAGCUAGGACUAUCAAAUUUGUUAGAUAGAAACAAACUUUGUACAACUGUAGGUGUAUUUGGCAUAUUAACGAUACUAACAAAAUUUAGGUUAGGUUUUAUUUUUUCGUUUUAACAAUAUUUGAUCUGUCAGAAUAAUGUUCAAGCAUACAUAUUCGAUGUUUCAUUAAUUUAAGCUUUUAGCCGCACGAUAAUACUUUUCAGAAAAAAUAUUCGUUAUCAUCGAAACCGAAAGUAAUUUUUUAAACAAAGUAAGAUAUAAUCUGAAAUGUCGAUCUCAAGAAUGUUAAAAAAAUCAAAUAACAUUCCAAAACAAAAUGUUAAUCCCGCUUUGUGUUUUCAAGGGUCACUGUAGCUAAAACAUUCUUUUGAGUGUCAAUCUUUCUCCUGCUUUUCUCACCGUUGAUGUGAGAUGCAGCUGAUUGCGAGUGCUUUUGUUUUCAUGAACAUUUGGUGUUGUAGGUAUGAACGUCGGCACUAGUAUAUACUGGAAUAGGCUGCCAAAUAUGCGCGGCAAUUCCCUUUUGUGCCAUAGGUGAAUUUUUUUGGGGCACACAAAUGGUAAGAUUAUGUACUGUGAGAAUUCCCAACAUAUGAAUUUAAAUAUAUGGUCAUCCGAUUUUUAUACAGAAGGAAUACUAGCUCCUUUGUUAACGACAUCUUUAUGUGAAGAAGCGACAAAAUUCAGAAUACUUAUACUGUAUCGUAGAGCGCCGAUUUGUAAUAAUGAACAGCGGUCCAUAUUGCCAAUUUAUUUACUUUAGAAGAUUCUCCAUUGUACUAUACAUCAUACCUAAAAGUAAUAAGAACAUGUUAGAUUAGCCAAGGUGACGCCAGACCGCAACAAGUCAAUUACUCCGGGACUGAGUUUGGACAUACAAUAACGGCUAAUAGCAGCACCUGACAGGCUGCCGCCUGAGUUGUGUAGUAUUAAACUUGGUACAGAUAGUUGUGAAUGCUCUUUUGAAAUUCGUUUUAUGCAUUGGACUCGAAGUUUUAUCAGGGUCUACGCUCACCCUUUUAAAUAGUGUGUGUGUGGGGGGGAGGGUGUCCGGGGGGAAGGGGGUUGUAAGUGAAAUUUUCCGAGUUAUUUCCACUAUCCAACAUUAAAAAAAUUCCAAUUAACUAAUAUUUUACUACCAAUAUUUAAUGCCAUAUAUAGAAUAAUUUGUCGACUAAACGUGACGAUUUGAGGGUGUUCCUCCCCCUCCUACUCCGUCCCUAGCGGAGCGCCUGACUUUUAUUCGACAUUUUACAUCUUUAGCUCGCGUGUCAUGUUCUGGAGUAGACGUUUCUUCUUUUUGGGUCUCGCUUCAUUCAUUUCGUCGAUUCGCAAAUGUGUGUUUUGUGGACAGCAGUUUCAUUUCGUGGAGUUGAACGUUCGGUAUUUAUUGUCAGUCGGUAAGUUUUAGGAUUUAGGAUUUUAUUAGGAUUCGCACAUUUAUACAUAAAUACACAAAAUACAUAAAAUAUUACAAAAAGCUAAAUACCAUAGAUUACAUUAUAAGCGGUUAUGAAAGUAACAGUUGUGCACAGUGGCUUUCGAGUUGACCCCUGCAAUAAGUUAGUUAACCUAGUUCACUAGGAGCGAGAUAGAUGAUUUGAGGUAUUUAAUUUUGUGAAAAAAGUAAAAAGUGCGCGAAUUUUUUCCGAAAACUUGUAACUGAGCUUGCAAGUUUAAUUUUAGAAUCAAUACUUUGCCAUUUUUUCGAAGAGACAAAAUCGAAUGUAUGAACACCAUAAUUAGUUCGAGCUCUUGGUCUACUAAAAUUUUGGUUAUCAGCAAAUCUGGUGUUGUACGAAUUGGCAUGCGGAGUCAAGCUGGAUAGUUUGACCAAAAACAACAGGAAUAUUAGAUUGAUCAUUAAUAAUCUUGCAUGUGAAUAUAUCAAUUUUUAACUUAAAUUAAACAUGUUAUUAAGCUUCAGAAUAUUUAGAAUAUUGUAAUAUGGCGUAGCAUUUUCUCUCAUGCUUUUUAUACAUGCAUUCUGACAGGAUUUCAAUUUGCUAAGAACACUUGUGUAUGUAUUACCCCAACUCAUUAAGCCAUAAUUAAGAUAAGGAUAUAUUAGAGUAUAAUAAAGUUGUUUAAGUAUCUUUAAAUCAGUGUAAUAUAUAUCUAAGUAUUUUUAAUAUACCUAAAUUUUUAGCAAUUUUUGAUUGAACAUGUUUUAUUUGAUACUUCCAGUUUAAUUUAUUUUCUAUAUAUAAGCCCCUAAAUAUUGUAUACAAAAUUUUUCUUCAAUAUUGCUACUCGUUACAUGACUUAUUUUCUUUGUAGAUGUAAUUACCAUAUAGUUAGUCUUAUUGUAGUUUAUCGAAAUUUUAUUUAUAUUACAAUGCUGUAUAAAAUGAUGUAGUUCAUCAUUCAUUACUCGUUCAAUUUCAUCUAUAGAUAUAUGCGAAUAAAAUAUAUUCGUAUCGUCAGCAAAUAUUCGAAAAGAAAACUUUUUUGAACAGUUAGGCAUGUCAUUUACUCAUUUAUAUACAAUAUGAACAGCAAAGGCCCCAAUGUUGAUCCCUGAGGGACUCCAUAUAUCAUCUUUUGCUGUUCAGAUUCAACGUUAUCGAACUUUACAUAUUGGUAGGGAUUAGUUAAAUAAUCUUGAAACCAGAGCAGUGUAUUCCAUAUCUAUAUAAUUUGGAUAGUAAAAUUUCGUGAUUUACAGUAUCGAAAGCUUUAGAGAACUCCAGAAAUAGUCCACAUGUUACUUCGUUCUUAUUAAUUGACUUUUUGAAAUUAUCCGUUGUUUCUAAUAUUGCCUGUUCUGUGGAAUGCCCUUUUCUAAAUCCAAAUUGAUAAUCGUAAAUUAUGUUGUGCUUUGUUAGAAAACUUUGCAAAUCGAUAUAGGUCUAUAGUUAUUUGGAUCCGUGACAGUCACUGCAGGGAUAGAUUCUUAUGAGUUCCAAAUAGCACUGCUUCAGUUUACCUUCGCUGAAAUUUAAUACGAUGAGUCGUAUAUCGUGUAAAUGGACCGUUACUUGUUUCGCAAUAUAUGUUUCUGUUGAGCAACUAAAAGUCAAAAUUUCACUAUUUCCCAGGAAACAUUUUCCACCAGCUAGAAACGCAAAAAAAUGCCAGCAACUAUUAUACAUGAUCAUGCAAGUGAGAUUAAAAAAUGUAACCAUUGCAAGAUACGUUGCAAAGUGGGGCAGCGCUUUAUGCCCCAUUAAUUAGGUCAGACGGUAUUAAUUCAAAGCUGAGCUGUGUUUUCCCCGAAGUAGUUAUAAAUAUGAUAUGUUCAUGACAUUCAAUGCAGUUUGGUGCGUUAAAGAAGUUGACAUUUCCAUAGGGCACAUGCGUGUCAUCCUGUCGCUAACCGACUUAGUCUAUUGUUUGUAUUCACCAUGCAGUCGCCUAAGCCGUGCAGAUCGGUAUCUGGUUGGUGGGGGGAGGGGGUGGGGAAGAAAUAAAAAAUUGGGCCCCUUUCCUUUCGGGGCCCCUCAAACCUUUUUCGCCCUCAAUGUUUCAGAAACUUUCUUAAUAUUUAACGCGUUCCGCAAUUUCAGCAUUUCGAUUCCCCCCUGGGAAAGUUGGGCUCCUUUUUUGACUUUUCUUUUGAGUGCGUGUUUCACCCCUCCCCACAACCACACUCUCCAGUAGUUCCGACCCUGCCAGUCACCUGAAUUUCGCUCUCAUUUCGACCUUAGUGUAAAUUUGAUCUUUUUGUUUCUUUCUAAAGGCGAUGGUUUUCAUGAAAACUGAAUAUUUUCACGAAAUGCCAGAUACGUUCUAUCACGACGUGACGAAUUUACAUCCAGCCAGGUUUGUAUACAUCUAACAAGGUAAGUUCAUUUCAAACCUUUUGAAGGCUGCUCAAAACUGUUAAUACCAUAUAUGUUCAUAUUCUAUAUAAUAUACAAAUUAAUAAAAAUUUUAGUUUUAUAUAGAAUUAAAGUAUUAUUGAUGAAUAUGUGCUGUCCAUUCUUCUUCUAUUUUAGCAAACAUGAGUCAAUCAGUUUGACAAUCCAUGUCUGCAAUUCCGGUUUAUUACGAGAUUCUUUGGUCCAAAUAUAUACACUGCAAUUUUUGUAGGAAGGUAUUGUCCUGAUACCUUCCUGAAAGUUAUUUGUAGAUAACUUUCAAUUUUAGACUCUGUUGUUCUAAAGUCAAGAUUAAAUGGCAGCAAUGAAAAAUAAUUUGCUUCUUUUUGAGAAAUUGCAAAUUAUUUUAUAAUUCAUUGCUGCAAAAAUCUUAAAUAUACUUUAGAACAUAAUAUUGGCGAUAUUUUUGCAAUUGUUCGGCAUAUUCGGUGCGGUUUUUAUAUGUAGGUUCCAUACUACACACUUCUUUCCAGUGACAGUAAAUCGUAAUCUUUAGAAAGAUCAAGCGACAUCAUUAAAAUCGUAUGCCGUGUGUUCUUUCUUUUAUUAUUUCUGCAGACAUAAAUGAAUGUGAAAGCCCGUCUCUAUAUUCAUGCUCUACUGGAUUUGAUUGUGCCAAUACUAUCGGCUCCUAUACAUGUGUUUGCGAAGGAAGGAUCAGAAAUAGUGAUGGUGCAUGUAUUAAAGGUUUGCCUUUUCAUAUCUUUUUGUAAACAAUGUAGCUGAUUUCUAACAGAAUCAGUAUGACAAAAUAUGAAAAUCACUGUUAAAUUAAAUUACUUGUAAAUCCCUUUUGGAAGAAAUAUUUAAUAUAUAGAAUAGAUUUGCCAUUCCACUCUCGUGCAAUGCCCGUGUCAACGUUUGAUGCGGAUGUAGCCUGGGGCGAAUUUGCUUUUGGUGAAAAUUGAAGAACAAAAAAAUCUAUAACUACUCGUAAAAAUACGGUAGCUGCAGCUAGCAAUAUAUUGUUGAUAGGCUAUUAUGUACAAGUCUGGUGCAUUGCUCAAACCUCUCGUAACAUCUUCACUUGGGUUCCAACCAUUUUUUUAUUCGCAGUAGUUACUUAGUAAUUGAAAAAAACGGGAUAAGUAUAUUGAGACGGCUAGCUGCCUUUCUUCCUUUAGGACGUGAAGUAAGUACCCCGACGUAUGAAAGUAAUUUGAUUUUGUAUUUCAGGUUUUAAACGCCAUCGUGUAAAUAUGCGCCUGAACGAAGUCUACACAAGUGCACUUGGUAAUAAAAACUCUCAAGAGUUCAUAGAUUUUGAAAAAAAGAUAACAGCAGCGGUUUGUGGAUUCUUAAUAAUUUAUUAACAACAUUUUAUUCUUACAGCCCCUAGUAUUAACUUUUUCUAUUCGCUUUCAAACCUGCGAUUAUUCAGACAGUCUUAUUUUCAUUUUUUUGUGCAAUACCAUUCAAUGUGCAUAAUUCGUCAUCGCUAGAAAUCUCGGGCAUUUGAAUCCCGAAACAUCCCUUACGUCUAUGUCCCUUAUUACUCCUUUCGAUCCCCGAAAUUUAUUAUUCUAAAUAUAACUAAAAGCAUUAUUAAAAGAUUACAAAAAGGAUUAUGACAAAAUGUAAUCGUACUAAAAGGAUUACAAAAUGUAAACAAACAAAGAACAGAAGAAAAGAGCUUUCGAAUGAUAUAUGUUGGGUCAUUUUUGCCUAAAAAAUCAUCGCCAGACCGCAACAUUAGAACCUGAUGAUCGUGUCCAAUAAACGAACCUUCGAUUUUAUGCAAACUUGGAAUGAAACAAAUACACAUUGAGACCACAGAUUAAGAUAUGCGAACAAUUGUUUCCGAUACUAAUAUCUGCAUAUUAUUUAAAUAUUACUGCACAUUUUUAAGUUCAUCGAUCAUUAAGCCGUAAUUUGACUUUGUAAAAUGUGGAUUAUUGUCGUUUUGAUAAAUUAGUUAGAAAUCCUGCCGCACAUUUAAUUGCGUUGUUGCCCAGUUUUAAGUAUCGUAAAUAAUCAUUAUAUUUUAUUAUUGGUUUUAGUUUUCUUUCUUAUUUCCUUGUUUAGUUCACGGAAUUUUGUUUCCACAAUGCACAAUUUUAAUUUAGUAUGAUUCUUAAAAUAUAUUUUAUGUUAAAAGUGGAUAACCAUCUACAUUCCAGAUAAAAUUUGAAAAUAAGAGCGAACAUGGGGACUGGGGCGAGAAUGCAUGCUGUAUUCCAAAUGUCCGUGAUUUCUAGCGAUGACUUUAUUUAUCCAGAACUUAGUUCGAGUUUCAGCAACCUUUAUAGGUAGAAACUAGUAUAGCAGUGAUUUUUUUUUCUGUGUUGGUGUUGUGUACUCAGGGCUAGUAUUCCAAAGCUUGUAGGUUCGAAUGCCACCGUGGCCGGGCAUAUUUUUCAAGCUCGCCCGGUGUGGAUAUGCACUCAGAGUAACAUCGCAAACAUAGUAUAGCAGUGUUUAGCCAUUUCACUGGCGGGUUUUUUAUAGACAUUCGUCAAGGUUUUUGGUCAGAGACAAAAUUCGUCACAAAAUUUCAAUGGUCUCAUUACCUAUCUUUAGUUGCAGUAUUUAAAACCGUAGUGCAAAUUUCUCACAAUAAUUGCAGGCUACGCUUUUUUAUUGGCGUGUUACCAUAGGCACCCGUGAGAGGAGAACGGGGGGCAACUGCCCCCUUAGAACACUGUGGAAAUUAGGCUAAAUGCUAGGAAAAGUCAGUAAAAUUCAGGCAGAUAUAUCAGAAAAUAUUCACUAAAUUCAAUUUUACAUUUAAAUUUGGGCAAACUUUCAAUUGCCUUCCUCAGAAAGCAUCCGCCCCGUAUAUACCUAUGCUUGAUUAUACGUUUAAUUCCCCCCUCCCCCACCUUUGUGAAAUUAGUAUUGAAAUCUUCUACGUGUCUCCAUAUUAUUGGCCAGAAAAAAUACUAUUGUGUUUACAGACAACUUUCAACCAAUUUAGCCAUGCAGUUUCAGAAUCAAUACAAUUUUUUAAAUUGACUACUUAUAGCUUGACUUUCCGUCUGCAUCCUUCUUCAAUGCCCUCACGUCGAAUGUAUGUUUAUCAAUAUAAGUGACUAUGUGUAUAUAAAAUAUUCUUUUAGAUGGUUAAAAUUUACGCAAACAAUGAUAAUUACUUUGGGGUGGAAGUAGAAAGACUGACGUAAGUUUUAUUCGAGGCUGUUAAUUGGCCCUUGACGUUCCAUAGAUUUAUUUUGGAAGUAUUUUUUUUCUUAAUAUUAGUGUGUCCGCUAUGGCUUAUAGUAACUCAUCAAAUGAAACAGCUCAAUUAAUAUUUAACCAACAAAUAUUUUCAAAUAUAUAUAGCUACAAGCCUUAUGAAGAUUUUUCUGUACUUCACUUGAUUGAAACUAAACAUUUGAGUAGACGGACAAUCUAAGUGACGAUGUAUACACACUAGUUCUACACAUAACCAGAAACGGUUGCGAAGAGUGCAUGACCAUGCAGGUCUUCUGGCAAGAAAUAAACCUGCGGCGCUGCAAUUCUGGCGCAGUGCGCUAACCAACUGAGUCGCAACCGUUCCUGGUUAGGUAUAAAAAGUGUGUAUACAUCAGUAUAUGAUAUUAUGGGGAAAAUGGGGAAAUGUUUUCAAAUACAGUUGUUUUGUGUUCAAUGUUAACGCCUGAUCCGUGCUUUGGUUGGCUGGGGGUAUUUGAUUGGAUGCUAUGGUUCUAUAAUUGGAGGUAGUGAUAUUACUGGUGUUUAUGGAUAUGACAACGCGGCUAAACGUUGGAUGAGUUUAAUUAAGUCAGUAUUAUUACGUAAAUGUUGAAAUUGAAGGAAGGCUGUAGGAACGUCAUAGGGAUGACGAAUAAAAUAUAAUUAGUAUAUAUUCGGUAUAUAAUACUUAAAUUGUGCAAUCAGAAAACUAAGUUUGUGCCACGUUAGUAGGAAAUUUAUAAUCGAAUCACGCCUAACAUCGUCGUAUUUGACGUAGCGGGUGAGUUCAAUCCAAUUACACAGGCUGGUCCAAGAUGAUAGCAACGCAUUCUCCAAGAAAAAAUCAAAUACCCCCAAUCAACCGAAGCACCAAUCAGACGCUACCGCUGACGUGAAAGAGAAAAGAACGCAAAGAACAGCGUCAAAUAGAAAGCUGUAUUUUGUAUCGUACUUGUGAUUUAAAUAUUCAUAGUCGUUGAACAGCAUUGUUCAUUUCAAAUUGCACAGGAAUGGAAGCGUUAUCGCAGAUUUGGGGAUAACAUUCACGGAUACAGAUACGACAGGAAUCAGUGACUUACUGGUGGCAGUCAGAAAUAAUUCAUUUGGUGAUUUUAAAGUUGACCCAGAUGCUGUUACAGUUGUUAUCACAGGUAAAUGGGUUACAAAACGCCCUGUUCGUGGAACGGGGAAAAUCAUGACCGCGAUUACAAACUGAUAAUAAAUUUUUUUGAAAAUAUUUCAAAAUUGCAUUGGAUUUAUUCGCGUUUUUAGAAGCACGUACUAAAUAGGAAUAUAAAUUUAGACUAACAUAUGAGGAUUUUAGUUUCUAAUUUCUCUUUAGCCGCAUGUGAGAAAUGUUCCUCAACUUUAAUUCUAUCAUAUUAUAUCAAGAUAUGAUGUCUAGAAAGUAAACAGAAUAUAAGUCAUUGUAUUAUGGUUUUGUUUGAUCAUAGCCUAUUGAAGGAGAGAUGGCUGUGAAACUCAUUAGAAUAACAAUAUAACUCGUUAUCUAUGUUAGGGCUGUUUAUAUGGAAGCGAGCCAGCCCGGGUACCCGAGCUGGCUCGCAUCCCCGAGAUGAAUUUCACCAUGCGUUUACAUGAAACUUACAUGAAGGGCUUGCUCUUCUUGUUCUAAUUUUUUUUGGCGUAAACAACUCCAUAUAUGGACGUUGGUUCCUUAUAUGAGAGUUGUUUGUGCAUUCUGAAUUAUUCUAAUUAUUUGCGAAUGCCUAUUUGCUAAAUUUCCAGCCCUACUAGGAGGGCUAGCCCUCCCUGUUGCGUUUAUAUGGAAAACUACCCAGCCCGUUUACCCGAGUUCUCGGGUCACACGAGGCGGGACCUCGGUUAGGCGGGCCAGCUCGGUUCUAAUAUAAACGCAACAUGAAAUUUAGUAGGAAAUAUUAACAAAGACGGGAUCCCGCCUAAAGCGAGCUAGCUCGGCUACCCGAGCUGGCUCGCCCCAUAUAAACAGCCCCUUAGUCAACGUUUAUUCAUAAUUGGUUAGUUGGGCAAAAAUACAAUACGAAAGUGACGGCGAAGCACCAAAUUUAUGAAUAAACGUUGACCAACAUAGAUAAUGAGUUAUAUUGUUAUUCUAAUGAGUUUCACAGCCAUCUUCCCUUCGAUAGGCUAUGAUUUGAUUUAUGUUAAUAAUAUGUCCACAGUCACGAUGAUUGAGCUUAUUGUCUUUUUGUAAAACGAAGUAAUCGUUCAAUAAGGACAGCUGAGAUCAUAGUUAAUAGAGGAGAUGGUUUGGGAACUCGUUAGCAUUACAAUAAAAUCACAAUAAACCUCAUUAUCUAUGUUGUUCAGGUUUAUGCAAAAAUGUAGUCUUUCAUCGUCACGUGCGUAUUGUAUUUUUCUCAAGUCAACCAACAGGAAUGUUCAAAAUGUCUUAUUGUUAAAGUCAUGGAUGGGCAAUUGGACAAAACCGUUGCUACUGGCUGGUUGAGCAAAAAUACAAUACGCACGUGACGAUGAAAGACCACAUUUUUGCAUAAACCUGAACAAAAACAUAGAUAGUGAGGGUUAUUGUAAUGCUAAUGAGUUUCCAAACCAUCUCCUCUAUUAACUAUGCUGAGAUGAAACGAUGUUUUGGUGAAGAUGAUUGCACUACCUGUUCAUACUUUUAGGUAUAGAUAAGUUAUCCAAAACAAAUGGAUCUAAACUCAAAUAUGUUUACAUCUCACAGGAGCAUGUCCAUCUGAUGAAUGUCCUGGAAAUUCAACAUGUAAACAAUUGACGUCUGACACAAUAUCAUGUCCUUGUAAUAAAAGAUAUUAUUAUGACGGAGUGACCUGUAUAGGUACAGUGUUUUGUAGAUAAAAUCUUCUAAUUAAAAAGCAUAAACCAUGUCGUGGUAAGGUAAUAGGAAUUCAUUAUAAAUAUCCGGCAGAUUUGUCGACUGCAGAAUAUAAUGCUGAGAAAAGACGAUUUUCAAAUUUGCUGUAUCGGAUGAUUGGUUCCGUUUCAUUGAUGAAACCUUUUGACACUUUGCAUAAUACGCUGUAUGUUUAUGGUAUAGCCAUUUUAAUAAAAUUUGCGAUAAUUUUAAAAUAAAUAAAUUGAAUGGACUUCUUCAGUGCUAGAUAACUGGUCUCAGAUCUUUCAAUAUUCCGAGAAUACCUAAAUGAUUUCAACUAACAACAAACUUGGCUAAUUAUCGGAAACUGGAUAGUCAUAUUCUCUCUAAAAUUUAAACAUCGUCAAGUGUAAUAUUGUCUGUGCGUCUUCUUGGCCAUGGCCAUCGUUAACAUUUCAUGAAUUUAAACGAAAUGGUAACAAAAAUAUGUUUGCCUAAUUUGAAAAAAAUGUUAUGACCAUUUACACACCCUUUUUGUAAGUUCUCCGAAACUAUCUUUGUUUAAUUAAAUGACGUCACCAACCGGGGUAAAUAUUUUAAAAAUAAAAGUAUUAUCAGCGGAAAGAUUAUGCUUUCAUUUACAUUUUUCGCGUACAUUAUGCUUUGAUUUUAAAACAAGAAAUAGUAAAAAAUAGUAUUUAACUUUUUAAAAAUCCGCUGAGAAUUGCUCACGAUACAAAAUGUUACUCUAGUUGUGACGUCAAGCAUAUUCGACGAUCGAUACACAUAUCUAAGAUGGCGAAAUGCAUACUGAUUUCGUUUUGAAAUUAUAUCUUUUCUACCGAGAACGAAAAAGAAAAUUUGUAAAAUGGUUGAAAUUUAGUGAAUCCUUGUAGCGAAUAGGAGAAACUUAAUUUUUAUGCUCUUUCCCUUUAACUUAAUCAAAUUUCUUUUUCUAAAUUAUCACUGAUAUUCAUGCAAUAGCAAUGCUAUUGACUAAAUUACCGAUUGGGUUUUCACUAAUUUCAGAGUUUAUCGUGAUAGUAGUUGAAUUAUCUUUGGAAAAUACGUUUACUGAAGAGUUAAAGAACACGUCUUCGCCAGUUUAUCAAGAGUUGGAAAGAAACGUCACUGCAGAGGUAAUUAAGCACAACCUCUCGUACCCAGACUCUUUCUUCUAUGCUCCCAGCUCGCUUGAGCAAAGACCCUGAGCCACACUGGUCACGUGUUACUCAUAUUUGUGGAGAUAACAAAUGUUUUAAAUGAGGGCAGGUGCAGGCUAAAUUUGUUUUCCCGGUCUAAUUGCCAAUAUCAAUUCGAUAAAGUUCGGAGCAAGUGUAAUUGAACUCAUAUGAUGACUCAUAUUUAUAUGCCACGCUUCUAGGCAAAGUCUUUGACCAUAGCGAUUGUUUGUGGGAAGUACUUUAGAGUUUUCCCACGCAAUUUCGUGUUUCGUGUAACAUACAUGUUCGGCUAAAGCUGAUUUUCCCUUGUCUAAAGUUGAAACAGCCUUUUGAUGUUCUUUUAGUCGUGUACCAAACUGGCGUUUAGACUGAUCCAAAUACUCUUUGUCGCAGUCACCGCAUGGUAUAGAAUAUAUAGCAUGAGUCUUCUGAUUUGUUUCAACAGUAUCUUUUGGCUUUGCGAAAAUAUGGCCUAAAGUCAAAUAAGACAACCUUAAAAUUACAAUUACUUAAGAUUCCCUUGAUUGCUUCUGUGACACCUUGAAUGUAUGGAACUAUUGCAAUACCCUUAACAGAUGUAUCAGUCUCGGAGUUAUUUUGGUUCCUACAAAUUAAACAGAUGGUCUCAGUCAAUCAUUAAGAAAACGCUUUGGGUAAUUGUUUUCCCUUAAAACAUUUAGAACAUCUUCACGUUCAUUAGCUUAAGAAUCACUGUUUGACGGCUACGAUUUAGCUCUUUGAAGCAAAGUUGUUUCUACGGAUCUUUUGUGGCUUACUAGGUGACGAGAUGAGAGUCGUAUGACAAGUAUUUGUCUGUGUGUCUGUGGAUUUGAUAUAAAAGUAAUUGCACACAGUAAUUACCACAAACAAUCGCUAUGGUCAAAGACUUUUCUUAGAAGCGUAGCAUAUAAAUAUAAGUCAUCAUGCUUUGAAUAGGGAUGACGGUGCCUAUUUGCCAGAAGAAUAUAUGCACCUUCUUGGCAGCUGCCGUCAUCCCUUGGGGUAUUUAAGAAGCCACGAUCGCAGUUUUAGAUCACCCCUGAUGAAGACACUAGACUGUCGAAACGUUGGGUCUUGAUUACAAUUCGACUGGGCUUUGUAAUCAUUUAUUUAAACCAGAGUAGCGAGCGAAACAUGAUUGAUAUACCUGGUUGCAGCGAACCAACAAACUUUUCAACCGUUCAAGUCCACAUGUUUUUGUUGAAUUUCAGCUUUGCCUUCAUACCGACAAACGGUGGACGGCAAAGGAAAAAAUAAGUCAUCAUAUAAGAAUAUAUAAGGAAUAGAGACUAAAUGAACUUGCUAUUUUAAAACCGUAACUAUGAAAACGCUUGGUAUAAGAAAUAAAAUAUGAAGCGAAGAUGUUUAAGGGAAAAUUCUGCGUAGAAAACGUGGCUCAGACUGACUCUGACUCAUAAGAAUAUAAAGCUUUUUCCGGCUAAAAAAAGAACUGCGCAAUGUACAUACACUUUUAUGUAAUCAUUGAUCAUAUUCCACUAUAAGAGAAAAACAUUGCAGAAACAAUCGAUUGCAAAUAAAUAUGCUCCUAUAAAUACCUCAAAUAAAGGAUUUAUUAUAGAGAAUAUUGAGCCAAAUACGCUAUUUAUUAAUGCUUAUUUAUUCUUCACAGUGAACAUGUGCAGUUCAUAAAUUUAGAAAAUCAUAGUAUACUCGACUUUCGUUCACAGGGGCGACAUGUUCACAUACUAAGCAAAGCUAGACCAUGUAAAAACAAUUUUUUUCACAAUUUGGGAUAGGCCAGCAAAAUUGGAAAAUCGACCACAAACUUUUUUACGCGAGCAAUGGUUUGUAUAAUUGCUAGUUCACAGAUACAAAAUAAAAUUUAACCAUGACUCUCGUUAAGUAAAUGUUCUGCCAAUUUCAACACUGAACAACAAUUUUCUACAAGAUUCUGCCGUUUCUUGUUGAUAUAAAACUGAACCCGUGCAAGUCUGUGUUGUUGAGUUAGACGAGUGACAUCUAUUGAUUAUAUACUAACGUUGAAGAGAUUAAAUUCAAACGUCCAGCCAGCUUUCGACCAUUUUGGCCCUUACAGUAACCGUUUACCGCCAUAACGUUUUCUAAGAAAAAUACUGUACAUGCUAACAAAAACUUCGUUUCAUGGUAGUUCUUUGAGUUCUUUAUUUAUACUUCUUAUACUGUUUACAACUCAAACGUCACAUUUUAUUUAUCUACCAACUGUGAGUCCCAAUUGCUAUCUCCAAAAUUAUGGGUGACACGUAACCAGCCUGGACCAGGGUCUUUCUUCUCAAGCGUGAAGCGUAGAUAAAAAAAGCUUGAGUACGAGGUUGAUUUGAGCCCCUCAGUUGGCAUCUCCAAGUUGGCAUCAAUAUUUUUGCCUGUUAUUGAUUAAUAUGACGAUAAACAGUUGGCUGUUAGCUAAUAAAAAACAUGAAUCUUUCAAAAAAUAAUAGUCUGAAUUGACUCAUAUUGUUAAAUUUCUUUGUUUAGUUAACUGAAAUAUUUAAAGACACACCAAACUUUAAAGAAAUAGUUAUUCUGGGAUUCAGGUAAUCUUUAAAAAAUGAGUACGAACAUACAGUGUUUCAACUUUUUUAAAUUCCUUUAACUACUCCGGAACAAAGUUUUUGAAACGUAUGGACAUUAUAGGAAAAGUUCGUAGGCUAGUUAUUAUUAUGUAAAUUAAAGUCACUAGUGCGUAGCCAAGGAUGGAAUUCUACAAUGUCAGUUAGUAGAUUGGAAGAUGUUUCCUCAUGUCGCAUAAACAAGUUUUUUUCCCGUUAUCCUGUUAAAGUAGUAAAGUUAGAUGUCAUAUCAUGGCUGAUUUGACUAGGUAAAAUAUAGCCUAAGGUCAUACUUUAAAUUGAUCUCUGAAGGAAGACCAUAAUAUCGAAUGAUUAGGUCGCCAUUGGUGUUUGUUUGGGGACGGCGUACGAGCCAAAGUGCGAUAUUUAACAAUUAUUGAAGGAGGUUCAUAUAAAGAAUUAUCAGCCCUCAAGUUUGUGUUAACUAUGCUGAAGGCUCACGUUGAUGACACAAACUAAGAGCUUGAUAAUUCUUCAUAUCUUGCGAAAAUCGAAUUCAGUAAUCGUUUCAUUAAUAUUUAUUUAAAAGACGAAAAGACAACCGCGCCCGAGGGUUUAUUUAGUCGAAAUAAUAUAUCAUGUUCUUUUCCCACUUGCAGAUUUUUUCUUUCUUAUUUAUGAAUUUUAAUCUUUUGAACCGAUGUAAUUAGUCGUUGACCGCUAAUUAAAAUUGAUCUUUUUAAUAAAUCAUAAAUAAGUAGUACGUUCAGAUGUUCAAAACCAUUUAUGACUGGCUUGGUUGGCUUCCAUUAUGCCAAAAGUCCAUAAUAUUUGGUCAGCUAUUGAGUUAAUAUGAGGGUUUCAUAAUUGGUAGUCAGCCAAAUCACAAAACCUCGAACAUUUCGAACAGUCGAGACUUUCGACAUUUGUAGCCUAUGUAUGCUUCAUUCUUGCAGGAAUGGGUCCACCAUUGUGGAUUUUGAGAUUAAAUACAGAGACGAUCCAGGAGAAAACAAGAAAACUGUAGUUGCAGAAACAGUAAAAGAGAAAAUUAUUAAAACUGGGAAUCUUGGAAAUUUUAAGCUAAAGAGUGUUCAAAUUCAAGGUAAGAACCAUUAUGUGCAUGGCUUUCUUGAUUGAAAAAGCGAGUUCGUUCACCAUUAUAAAUGUAUAUACAUGCAUAGUGGACUAUAACAUUUUUGGCAUGACGCCAUUAAAAAAUAUCUCUACCGUAAUUGAUCCGCCUCCUGUUAAUAUGAACCCCUCUCCCCGAACUGUGGUCGUAUUACGAGGUUCCACUGUAUAGCGAGGGUCAAAAAAGUUGUAUUUUUAAUUAAAGCGGAUUCACACUACACAAGUUCUGCCAAAAACUGUCGUAUGUAACCUGCUUACAACUUGAGUUGUAUUGUGCAAAUGAAGCAACUUACCUACGACAACGUAGCGGGGUUGUGUCAGUGCUUCAGUUACAUAAUACAACGGAUACACGGGCAAUAUUUUUCUGGCGAUGGCAAUGCAAUGGUGGUAAAAUCGUUGCAUUGCCGUCGCGAGAAAGAAAUUGUUUGUGUAUCAUGCUUUGCGACGGCAACGCAAUGCUGCGCGCAAUCGUUGCCGAAAUUUCAAAUUAUUUGAUUUUUGGCAAUGAUUGCCGAAAAUUGGGAGGUGUGGUCAAGGAAGGUCAAGGUUGAUGAGUGACACGUUUCUUGACCAGCCAAUGGAAAGCGUUAUGAUAACAUACAUUGCAGGUGAAAUAUUGCAGGUGUAGCCACCUUGUGCGACGGCAACGCAAUGCUGUUAUCACCCAUUGCGUAACCAUCGCAGUAAAAAUAUUGCUCGUGUAUCCGAAGCUUAAGCAAAUUGCAUGCGACAGUUAUGGAAUGUAAUCGGCCAUUAAGCUCUUAAUGUUUAGUUUUCUUGAUUUAAAUAUUUCAAAUUUGUUGCAUGGAUAACUGUAAAAUUAGGUUAUGUUUACCAGAUGUUUUGUCACCACCUGAUCUCGCAUUCAUGAUAGUUAUUCAAUCCCACAUUUGUUCUAUCGUUGACAGUUUACGAUCGCUUAAGAAAUUCACAUAAAAACUCAUGGAUUAACGCUUUAAUGUGGACGUGUCUUUGAUAUCGAAUUUCUCUCAAAGAUGAUCUACAAAUACGAAUAACGCAGAGUUUUGUAGUUUUUGUAAAAGCUAUCUCCGCACUGUUCCGCUCUUGUUGUAUUUCUCAGCACAAAUUUAGAGCUUAAUUACAGUAGUUAGAUUUUAGAACGUCUUUAACAUCACCACUUUCAAAUUGAUGUUCGUAUCAAACUCUUCCAGGAACGCCUCCAGAACCGACAAAUUUUACACAUACAGAUGUCACACAAACCAGAAUUGACUUAAGUUGGAACAAACCAAUUGGCCACGAAUUCUUCGUCAUCAAUGGCUACAUAGUUAGCCAUAAAACGACACCUGAAACACAAUUCAAAACUCAGAAAAUAACAUCAGGAGAGUUAAAUGUAGUGUUGAGUGAUCUGCAGGGCGAUACAUUUUACGUGAUUACGGUUCAUGGAUACAAUGACGAAGGCGAUGGGGAUAAACUAAGAAUAGAAGUUACAACGAAAGACUCUCCUAGUUCGUGUAAGUAUCGUGAAGUCAAUGUUUUAAAACCUUUAUAAAAACUUUAUUCCAGCGGUCGCCUGAAGGGAAUAAGUUGCGGGAAAUGACCUAAAUCAAUAUCAGAGAGGUAGAUACGGGGGGAAUAGGGGACGGGAAAGGAGGUCCGAACCCCAAACUUGCAUGACUCAGUAAUUCUGUAAUUCUAACAAAACUCAGGAGAAACGGCGAGGGGCAUAAUAACCUCGUAAUGUUUUCAUCUAUGACAUAAAAUAUACUAAAUCUGUGGCUUUCAGGUGAUAAUAAAAUGGGUCUAAAAUACCUAAAAAUAGAAAAAUUUCCCUAGCGAACAUUCUCGCGGAUUGCCGGGAGACUAGAUCUCUCCUCCCAUUCGACGUUUGCUACGCCCAUAACCACUUUUUAUUUUACAGCUAACUUGGUAAUUAUUAUUGCUGCUAUCAUCGUGGUCGUCUUGCUGUUUAUUAUCUGUUUGGUAGUUUUCUUUCAACUUAGAAAACGAAGACAUCAUAAACAGGUAUGAGGAAAAUUCUUAUGGAGUUUGAAAUAAAGUGAAUAGAAAAAUGAAAGUGUCUUGGUCGAAGCAAAGAAAGAAUUUGAUACGUUGUGAUUACAUUUGAGCAUUUUAUAAUUUAUUUCUUCUUUUUUGAUCGACAUCUUGUUUGUCGUACUCUGUCAAUAAAAUUUUAAUUGCAAUAAAAAUAAAGGACCUAAGUAGUGAAAAUAUUAAAAAUCUACAAUGUACAAAGAAUGAUGUCGAUUGGGAAUCGAUUUAGAUAAAUUUGGUGUUACCACAGCCUCUAGAGUAAUAAGCCAUAUUAUUAUAUGACUUUUCAAAAUUCUCUAUUCUGAUUGGUUGACAAGCGGUCCGUAAAAACCCAUAUCCGGACCGUGGUCCGCAUUUUCCGUAUCUGGACCGGUGUCCCAGAUGUCGUUUAUCUGGCGGGAAAUUUUUGCUUUGCAAACAGAAAACAUUUUUGCUUUUUAAAUUUCCAAUUGUGCUGUACAGAUAACAAUUUGAAACAACCAAAUUGUUUUUGAUUGAGCAUGCAUUCCUAGCGUAUAUUAGAUAGCUUAAGAUCUACGACGUCAACGUCAGCUAGCACGUCAGGGCUAUGCAGAGGACUUGGUCUAGGAUGUCGUCCUAAUGUAGUCUCAGUCCUCUGCUUAACCCUGACGUCCUAGCUCACGUCGACGUCCUAGAUGUUAAGCUAUCUAUUGUUACGUACCCAGUGAAACUGACGAUAGCCGAUUUAAUUCGCGCGAAAAGCAUAUGCUCACAGACUCAGUUCAGCCAUAUAGUGAACUGUGAAAUAUCAGACCUCUGUUUUUUGCAUGGAUCUCGGUUCUUCGUCGCUCUGUCCAUACUAAAAAACCUCGGUCUUGAUAUUUCACAUUGUUUAUUUCGCUCGUAUAAAUGGCACAAAAACAAUAAUUCGUAACCUUUUUGUUUUAGUCCCGACAGAGAGCAUACGCACAACCACGUUUCGGAAUGAAUUUGACUCGAUUGCCAACCCGGUGGACGCAUCAUUAUAAUUAUGAAGACGGAGAUGAAGAGGCCAGUGCCAGUGGCUCGAAAAGACUUUACCGUUAUUAG